UUUAUUACUUUUUUCCGAUGAUGAAGACUUUACCUUUCCUCACCUCAACAUUCACACUCCUCUCCCAGCAUUUCGCUUCUCCAUCACCGUCAAAGUUUUGAUUGUCUCUGAAGUCUUAAACUUCAUUGUUUCUACGAGCUCUUUCAAAGGCAUAGUUUGGGUUUCUGGCAAGAAAGGUAAGCUGCAAAGCCAUCUUUCCAUUUUGGUUUUUGCUCCAACGGUCAUUUUUCUUUUGUGCAAGUUUCUGGACAUGGUUCCUUUGGUUUUGUUGGUGCUUCUUCUCUGCAACUCCCAUGCUCUUGUGGGUUCUCUGAAUGAGGAAGGCGUUGCACUUUUGUCGUUUAAGCGGUCCGUUGGAGAAGACCCAGAAAGGUCUUUGGAUAACUGGAACUCUUCUGACGAGAACCCUUGUUCAUGGAAUGGUAUUACAUGCAAAGAGGAAAGAGUUGUGUCUGUUAGCAUUCCGAAGAAGAAACUCCUUGGGUUUCUUCCUUCUGCUCUUGGAUCUCUAACUCAACUCAGACAUGUGAAUUUGAGGAACAAUAAGUUCUUUGGGAGCUUGCCUGUUGAGCUCUUUAAAGCACAAGGGCUACAAAGUCUGGUCCUUUAUGGAAAUAACUUGUCUGGGUCAGUGCCUUCUGAAAUUGGGAGUCUCAAAUACCUUCAGACCUUAGAUUUAUCGCAGAAUUUUUUCAAUGGGUCGUUACCCACGUCUCUGCUGCAGUGCAAGAGAUUGAAAACUCUUGAUCUCAGCCAAAACAAUUUCACUGGUUCUCUGCCAGAUGGGUUUGGGAAGGGGUUGAUUUCUCUGGAAAAGCUCGAUCUUUCUUUCAACAAAUUCAGUGGUCCUAUUCCUAGCGACAUUGGAAAUUUGUCUAAUUUGCAAGGGACCGUUGAUUUAUCUCAUAAUAUCUUCAGUGGUUCAAUUCCAGCCAGCCUCGGGGACCUUCCUGAGAAGGUUUAUAUUGAUCUCACUUAUAACAAUUUGAGCGGUCCAAUACCCCAAAAUGGUGCUCUAAUGAACAGAGGACCAACAGCUUUUAUCGGGAAUCCUCGGCUCUGUGGCCCUCCUUCGAAGAAUCCAUGUUCUCCUGAAACAGCCAGUUCACCUUCCUCAAUUCCUUUUUUGCCUAAUAACUACCCGCCUCCGAAUUCAGAUGGUGAUUCAGGGAAGGGGAAAGGAAGGGGUCUCAGUAAGAGUGCUGUAAUUGGAAUUGUAGUGGGCGAUGUGGUAGGAAUCUGCCUUAUUGGGUUGCUUUUCUCUUAUUGUUAUUCGAGGAUGUGUUCUUGUGGCAAGGGUAAGGAUGAGAAUGGUUAUGGUUUUGAGAAGGGAGGGAAGGCCAGGAAGGAGUGUUUGUGCUUCAGGAAAGAUGAGUCUGAAACCCUAUCAGAAAAUGUGGAGCAGUAUGAUCUUGUGCCGCUGGAUACACAAGUGGCUUUUGACCUGGACGAGCUUCUGAAGGCAUCUGCUUUUGUCUUAGGGAAGAGUGGAAUUGGGAUUGUGUACAAAGUUGUGCUUGAAGAUGGAAGCACCUUAGCUGUGAGAAGAUUAGGGGAAGGAGGUUCUCAGAGGUUUAAAGAAUUUCAGACGGAAGUAGAAGCUAUAGGAAAACUAAGGCAUCCUAAUAUUGUCACUCUUAGAGCUUAUUACUGGUCUGUCGAUGAGAAGCUGCUCAUCUAUGAUUACAUACCAAACGGAAACCUUGCCACUGCAAUUCAUGGGAAGCCUGGAAUGGUAUCCUUUAGGCCUCUACCAUGGUCUGUCCGGUUGAAAAUCAUGGAAGGAACUGCUAAAGGCUUGGUUUAUCUGCAUGAAUUUAGUCCCAAAAAAUAUGUCCAUGGAGAUUUGAAGCCUAGUAAUAUACUGCUUGGGCAGAACAUGGAACCCCACAUCUCUGAUUUUGGACUUGGGCGGCUAGCUAAUAUUGCUGGCGGAUCCCCAACCCUGCAAUCUAGUAGAAUGACUUCUGAGAAACCCCCACAAAGACAACAAAGUAAUCCACCCUCAGAAGUUGGUGCAGUUAGUUCAACUUCAAACUUGGGGUCCUAUUAUCAAGCUCCAGAGGCACUGAAAGUGGUGAAGCCCUCACAAAAGUGGGAUGUUUACUCAUAUGGGGUGAUUUUACUGGAAAUGAUUACUGGAAGAUUGCCGGUAGUCCAAGUGGGUAGCUCAGAGAUGGAUCUGGUUCGCUGGAUUCAGCUGUGCAUUGAAGAGAAGAAGCCACUUGCGGAUGUCCUAGACCCAUAUCUAGCUCAAGAUGCAGACAAGGAAGAAGAGAUGGUUGCAGUUCUAAAGAUCGCAAUGGCUUGUGUUCACAGCAGCCCUGAAAGGAGGCCAGCAAUGAGACACGUCUCCGAUAUCUUGGACAGAUUGGCCAUGUCAACUGAUUGAGAAAUCAAUUAGGCUGUGUAAAAGCUCCAUUUAAUCAUUGAAGCUUCCAUUUUAAUUGAACAGAUCAGGGGUCUCAUCACGCAUGGAGUGAAUAUGACCUCAGUAGGAUGAAGUGUAGAUGAUGCAUUUUGUGUAUGCCCAUUUCUUCAUUCAGUAUGUAGGAUUCCGUUCUCUCUCAGAUCAGAAGAAGUAGGUUGAAGCGGGUCUGCUAUAAGAGCAUACUGUGGGAGAUUUUUGAACUGUUUUUUGCGUGAGUUGGCUCCUAGAACUGUUACUGUAUAUGUGAAAAAAUUGUCGUCUUCUUCUUGCUCUUAUUGCAGACCUUUGUCUGUUGUUGUUGUUUCGAGUAGUAUGAACUAUUUGUUUGCUUUA